UUCACCACCCGUGGGAUAUAUUUUAGCCGACGCAUCAUGACGCGAUUAACCUCCCCGUAAAAUGGUAUAGUAAAAUGCAUCGUGAUCUCAUUGUGACUUUGCAGUGAUUUAGAAGAAGUACAAGUUUCAGACCAGGUUGACAGAAACUGACUGAUUAUUGCCACAAUGGCAAUUUGUUCUCUUUACUGUGAUUUCAAUGAAACUUUGCUAAGUCUUGUGUCCAAAGACACCGGUCUACCAAGAUGCAUCAUGGGAACCAUUCCACCAGCUGUUCUGCUUCUGUUGAUAUUGUUGCUUGGUUUGGUUGAGUUGUUCAAGAAGAGAAGGCUACAGACUGAUAAUCACGGGAGAACUUUAUUGCCCGAUUUAGAAUCGAAUUCUGUGGAGGAAAUUAUCAGUGCACCAGGAAAAUCUAGUAAAUGCAGAAAGCCUUACAGAUGUGUUAAAAAACAAUAUGAAAUGACUAGUAGUUCUAUUCAGGCGAUAACAAACCCUGCAGGAUUUGUUCAUGGAGAUAAUCGUACAUCAUUUUUGUACACUUUACAACAGUUCUUGCACAUUUGUCUUGUAUUUGUGCCUAUAGCUGACCUCAUAGUCAAAGGAACCAUAGAACCACAGAGAAUUCAAGGCUAUGUCAUGUUCAUGGAUGUUGCAAUGUUGCUUACCUGGAUGUUAACCUUCAGUGUUCUUCGUUCCCAAAGUGCAAGAUAUUUCAAGGCUCAUGUCAGUAGACAUUCCUUUGGUCUCUUGCUUUUUUGGUCAUUGGCAUUUGUUGUUGAGAAUUUGUCUUUCAUUUCAUGGAACAAUCCUCACUGGUGGUUUCAAAGAAGUACAAAAAUUAAAGAAGCUGAAUUUGGUUUGUUUAUAUCACGUUAUGUUCUUAAGUUGUUCAUCUUUCUUCUUGGAUUGAAAGGACCUGGUCUUUAUAAACCACUAGAAGUUCCUGUUGAGGAAGAGCAAAAGUUUCUGGAAGGAUCAACGGCAUUGGACCGUCGAGGAGAGUCAGCUUUUAAAGGUAUCUGGAAGAAAACAAAGUUGCUGUGGCCUUUCUUAUGGCCCUCAGACAGGUGGCUACAGUUAAGGGUUGUCCUGUGUUUCUUCAUUCUUGGCGCUGGAAGAGCUGGAAAUGUUCUUGUUCCAUUCAUGUACAAAAUUAUAGUGAACCGUCUCACACCUGGAAAGGAAGCAAAGAUAACAGAUCCAUGGCACCUGAUUUUGAUUUACGUAGCUUUAAGGUUUUUACAAGGAGGUGGUACUGGUGGUAUUGGUUUGUUGAAUAACAUCAAAUCCUUUCUGUGGAUAAAGAUCCAACAGUUUACCAGCAGGACUUUACAAGUGCAGCUCUUUGCUCAUCUACAUAGCCUGUCACUCCACUGGCAUUUGAAUCGUAAAACUGGCGAAGUUAUCAGAAUGGUGGACAGAGGAGCCAACAGUAUUUACAACCUUUUAAAUUACCUCCUGUUUACCAUUCUUCCCACUUUUGCUGAUAUUGGAGUAGCUGUUGUUUACUUCAUUGUUGCUUUCAAUGGCUGGUUUGGACUGUUGAUUUUCUUGACUAUGGCUUUGUACAUUGCCAUAACAGUUCUUAUCACUGAGUGGCGAACAAAGUAUCGACGUGAGAUGAAUGAGAAAGACAAUGCAGCCAAAGCAAAAGCUGUUGAUUCUUUAUUGAACUUUGAAACUGUGAAAUAUUACAGUGGAGAAGACUAUGAAGUAGAGAGACUGAACAUGGCUAUUGAAGACUAUCAGAAGUGUGAGUGGGACACCAUUGCCUCCCUUGCUCUUCUGAACACAGCACAAAACUCUGUAAUCACAGGUGGUCUUUUGGGCGGGACAUUGUACUGUGCCAAGUUGGUGACUGAUGGACAGCUUGGGGUUGGGGACUUUGUGUUAUUUGUAACAUACACACUUCAGCUCUAUGUGCCUCUCAAUUAUUUUGGAACUUACUACAGAAUGAUUCAGCAGUCAUUUAUUGACAUGGAAAACAUGUUUGAUCUCUUUCAACAGAAAAGACAGGUACUAGAUGUACCCCAUGCCCCAGAUCUACAAGUACCUAGUGGUCUGAUAGAGUUUCGACAAGUCAACUUUUCCUACAAUCCACAAAAACAAAUUCUGAAGGAUGUGACUUUCACAGUGUAUCCUGGUCAGACGUUAGCACUUGUUGGUCCAUCUGGGAGUGGUAAAAGUACCAUUAUACGACUUCUCUAUCGCUUCUAUGACCUGGACUCGGGAACGAUCUCUAUUGAUGGACAAAAUAUCGCAGAGGUCACUCAGAAGUCUCUCCGUAAUGCCAUAGGAGUGGUUCCUCAGGACACAGUCCUAUUUAACAACAACAUAAGGUUCAACAUUCAAUAUGGCAGAAUAACCGCCUCUGAAACGGAGGUAGAGGAAGCCGCAGCAGCAGCCGACAUUCAUGAUAGGAUUUUAACUUUCCCCAAUGGUUAUCAGACAGUCGUUGGUGAGCGCGGGCUUAAACUAAGCGGAGGAGAGAAACAGCGUGUUGCAAUAGCCAGAACACUGCUGAAGAACCCGCCGCUUGUUCUCCUAGAUGAGGCAACCUCAGCGUUAGACACUCAGACUGAACGUAACAUUCAGGCCUCACUUAACAGAAUGUGCGUCAACAGAACUACAAUUGUAGUUGCCCACAGAUUAUCCACGAUUGUAAACGCAGAUCAGAUUCUUGUUGUGCGCGAGGGCGAGAUUAUCGAAAGAGGAAGACACGAGGAGUUGGUAUCAGAAGGCGGUGUGUAUGCGAACAUGUGGCUUCACCAACAGAAAGCAGAGGAUAAGGAAACAGACAACAGCAAUACAGACAGCCUGGAGGAAGAGAGCGGGCUGAUAUGAACGCAGAAUUGAAAUAUGAAGAAUUGUCUUUGAAGACCCUUUCUUGACAAAAACAAAAAGAAACGCUUGGUUUGGGUAAAAUAUAGCGGAAAUAAAUGAAUGAAGUACAUGAUACAGCACCAAUGCUGGUCCAAUACUUGUGCCACGCUGUGCCUAUGCUUUCCCACUGAGUGCUAGCACAGUACCGAUGCUGGUUUUAAAAUUGAUAGUUGUAUAUAUUCAGCAGCACAUUAUUUAUUAGUGAGCUUCUAAGAUGUACAUGUAUUUCACAUCAAGUUCAAGACAACGCUUUCGUUUCCCUGACUUUUAAGUUCCUGUUACACUGAGGAAAACUAUCUUGUUUAUGUGAGUAAACCUGAAAAUUUUUUCCACUUGUAAAGGUCUUUUAAGUGUUGGGCGUCAAAAAUAUCUUUGAAAUGGUGACUUGGUUACUUGAUAGCUUGGUAGUAUAAUAUGAUGUAACCACUUAAAUUGCUGUACUGGUUUCCGUUGGUCAAGUUCUGUUCUAAUUCUGUAAAAUUUAAAGCAAUAGUUCAUGAGAUAGUGACAAUAUUCAAGGAAAGCAGCCGAUUGCGGGCAUCGUGUAUCGGUUGUUAUAACCUUGUCUCACAAUUGUUAGAAAAUGCGAGUAACGUAACAAAUAAUGUUAGUUAGAGCACUGCUGCCGUCAAAUGAGCAGAAUCACUUUGGUUUCCUCUGUCUGUGUCAAAAAUGUUUGCCAAUCGGAAAUCUUUGCAAAGUCAAACAGAUACAAUAAUUUUCCCGUUUGCCAAACCAAGAAGGGGGUUAGGGACUCCUCCCAGACGGCUGUUCUUUUAGUGUGAUAAUGGUAGGAAUAGAAGGGAAACCGCUGACAACA